CCCCCCGCCCCGCCCAGCCGCGCCGGGCCGCCCCCACCCAGGAGGGACCGUCGGGGACCCGCGCGACACUGAGGAGCCCGUGUCCGGGGUGGUGCGGGCAGCCCUGGGGACCCCCAGCGCGGCGGGCGCGGAGAUGAUCCUGGAGGAGAGGCCCGACGGCGCGGGCACCGGCGAGAAGAGUGCGCGACUGCAGGGCUGUGACUCCCUGACACAGACACAGCGAGGCCAGCUGCAGAGCCGCAGGGCCCGGAUUUACCAGCAGAUUAACAAGGAGCUGCAGAUGCGGACGGGCGCUGAGAACCUCUAUAGAGCCACCAGCAACAGCCGGGUGAGAGAGACAGUCGCCCUGGAGUUGAGCUACGUUAACUCCCACCUGCAGCUGCUGAAGGAGGAGCUGGAGGAGCUCAGCGGCGGCACGGACUCUGGCCGGCAUGGGAGCGAAGCUGUCACUGUCCCCAUGAUACCCCUGGGCCUGAAGGAGACCAAGGAGCUGGACUGGUCUACACCGCUGAAGGAGCUGAUCUCGGUGCACUUCGGAGAGGACGGCACCUCCUACGAGGCAGAAAUCAGGGAGCUGGAGGCCCUUCGGCAGGCCAUGCGGACCCCCAGCCGGAACGAGGCGGGCCUGGAGCUGCUCACCACCUACUACCACCAGCUGUGCCUCCUGGAUGCUCGCUUCCUCACCCCCGCCAGGAGCCUCGGGCUCUUCUUCCAGUGCCUGACCCCACACUGCAGGUAUGACUCACUCACCGGGGUCCCAGCUCAGCAGCGUGCCCUGGCCUUUGAGAAGGGCAGCGUGCUUUUCAACAUUGGCGCCCUACACACGCAGAUAGGGGCGCGCCAGGACCGCACCUGCAUCGAGGGUGCUCACUGUGCUGUGGAGGCCUUCCAGAGGGCCGCUGGGGCUUUCAGCCUCCUGAGGGAGAACUUCUCGAAUGCGCCAAGCCCGGACAUGAGUGCUGUGUCCCUCUGCGCCCUGGAGCAGCUCAUGAUGGCCCAGGCCCAGGAAUGUGUGUUUGAGGGCCUCUCACCACCUGCCUCCAUGGCCCCCCGCAACUGCCUGGCCCAGCUGCACCUGGCACAGGAGGCUGCCCAGGUGGCAGCCGAGUACAGGCUCGUGCACCGGACCAUGGCCCAGCCCCCUGUCCACGACUACGUGCCCGUCUCCUGGACUACCCUGGUGCACGUCAAGGCUGAGUACUUCUGCUCCCUGGCCCACUACCACAUAGCCAUGGCCCUCUGCGACGGCUCCCCAGCGACCGAGGGAGAGCUCCCCGCACACGAGCAGGUCUUCCUUCAGCCCCCGACCUUCUCUAAUCCCCGAGGCCCCGCACUACCACUGGAGCUGGAGGAGCGCAGGAAGCUUGGCAAGGCCCACCUGAAGCGCGCCAUCCUGGGGCAGGAGGAGGCACUGCGGCUGCACAUGCUGUGCCGUGUCCUGCGGGAGGUGGACCUGCUGCGGGCCGUGGUUGCCCAGGCACUACAGUGUUCACUGGCCAAGUACUCGGAACUCGACUGUGAGGAUGACUUCUGCGAGGCUGCUGAGGCCCCCGACAUCCGGCCGAAGACCCGCCAGAAGCCAGAGGCCAGGAUGCCAUGCCUGUCCCAGGGGAAGGGGCCUGACAUCUUCCAUCGGCUGGGGCCCCUGUCUGUGUUCUCAGCCAAGAACCGGUGGCGGCUGGUGGGCCCCAUCCACCUGACCCGAGGAGAGGGCGGCUUUGGCCUCACGCUUCGGGGAGACUCGCCUGUCCUCAUUGCUGCUGUCAUUCCAGGGGGCCAGGCUGCGGCGGCAGGCCUAAAGGAGGGCGACUACAUCGUGGCGGUGAACGGGCAGCCGUGCCGCUGGUGGAGGCAUGCGGAGGUGGUGGCGGAGCUGAGGGCUGCGGGAGACGCGGGUGCCAGCCUGCAGGUGGUGUCGCUGCUGCCCAGCUCUGGCCUGCCCGGCCUGGGGGACCGCCGGCCCACCCUGCUGGGCCCCAGGGGGUUUCUGAGGAGCCAGAGGGAGCAUGGUUGCCAGACUCCGGCAUGCACAAGGGCCAGUCCCCGGCCCCUCCUUGGCUGGAGCCGAAAGACCCAACAGGGCAAGACUGGAGGUCGCUUGCAGCCCUGUGCCCCAGCAAAGGUGGCUCCACCCUCACCCUCGGAGCUCCCAGGGCGGUUGUGAGGGCCGGGCUCCUCACACACCCAGCUCUGGCUUCAACUGGUGGGAAGCAUCAAGCACUCCCCCACCCAGAGGACCUGCAGGCAGUGCCUGCUUUGUCCCAUGCCGGAGGCUGGCUUGGGCACCUUUCUGCCCAUUAAAGACGAUGGUCAGACCUGUCUGAGCCCA